GCAUCACAUUAAAGCCGUUCCGCACAGCAACCACUUUGUGCAUCCCUGAUCCUGUCUUGAAUGAUGAGCAUCAUCAUUCUUUGCUGGCUCCUGCUGAUGUCCCAGUCCAGAGGCUUCUGGUCAAUGCAUUUAUGGCACCAGGAGUGGCUGGAGGAGGAAUCCAGUUUGAAGUCUGGUGCAGGUAUUAUUACCCAAAUGUCAGAGACCAGAUGGUUGCCAAAGGGACCUUGCCUUUGUCACGGCUGUGUGCCAUGGUGACUAUGCAGCAUCGUGAAGAAAUAGGGAUACAGACUUUUAAUCUUCCAUUGGUCCCCAGGACUGAUUCCUCGGAGGAAUUUCAGCUGCGGUCUUCAGGCUUGCUUGAUGUGAGUGUGAGAUACCAGCGAUCCUUGAAAACAGCAGCAGGAAUAACUGCUCAAGCUGUUUCUCUCUUUGUACAGAUACACAGAGCAGCUGGUUUGCAAGCAGCAGCUAGAGCUGUGGCACAAAAGAAUCCUUCGGUCCAGUACUACGCAGGUGUGGGAGUUAAUGCUUAUGUCUCUGUGCACCUCUCCUUCCUACCUGAGGCAGAGAAACGCAGCACACGAGCUGUGGCUCGUACUUUCUGCCCAGAGUUUGAGCACCACAUAGAGUUUCCUUGUAAUCUCGUCAUUCAGAAAAGUAGUGGAGAAGCCUCUUGUCUGGGGGAACUCCUGCAGUCUGCCAAUCUUGUCUUCUCUAUCUACCACCAGAGCACCAAGUCAG